CAUUUGGGGGUAUGAGAGUAAGUUAAUUUGUAUAAGUUGAGCUAAUAGAAACUCUGUACUUUGUGUAUAUGGGCAGUUGUGUCGCUGCAACAUGAGGUGCAACAAAAUGUUUCUCUCCUUCAUCUUCCUCCUCUCCCUGCUGCCGACUCUCUCAACUCACCCGCGCCACCGCUCCACUCCCGACUUGGCGCUGGGGCAUCUGGACAGACUAUUGGCGGAAGAUUUGUUGUCCUGGGCGCUGCGUUAUUAUGAUGAACUUAUCGAUCCAUGUGCUGAGCUGCCCUGCAGGAAUGAUGGGACCUGCGUCCAAACCGACAUCGGCUACAACUGUCUCUGUACGGAAUUCUACGGGGGGAAAAACUGCGAGAAAUUAAUACAUUCGUGCAGUGAGCACACGUGCCAAUAUGGAGACUGCGUUCUCAGCAGGAUUUCGCCGUAUUACAAGUGCCGCUGUGAUUAUCCUUACUAUGGAUCUACGUGCCGUUCAGCAAUUGUGGCCUGCGACGGAAACCCCUGUAAAAAUGGUGGUGUCUGCCUUAAGAGAUUGGACAACACUUUUCGGUGCAAAUGUUCUAUGAAUUACAGGGGAGAAUUCUGUGAAAUUGGGCCCCACGACUGCUACAAGCAAGACGGUCUCAUGUACAGGGGUCACAUCAGCCAGACGGAAUUGGGGUUCACCUGCCUUCCCUGGGACUCCUACCUCCUUAUCCAAGAGGGAAUCCAUGCUUUUGUUCCUGGAAUUUCGGCCUAUGGGAUCGGAGAACACAAUUUCUGCCGGAAUCCAGAUGGCGCAGAGAAACCUUGGUGUUACUUUCAAGCUGAUAAUGGAAAACUGGCCUGGGAUUUGUGUGAUGUGAAAUCGUGCCCACGUCGGCCCCCUACUAAAAGCCCAGUACAGAAGGUACCAGAUGCGGUUCCAACAGUCGUUCUUAAAUCAACGGAAAAUAAAAAUGUUUCCUUCUCCACAUGUGGGGUCCGAGAUCAUCUUUUAGCCCGCGGGCGAAUAAUUGGUGGAACAAGAACACAGCCUGGCAAGCACCCGUGGUUGGCAUCCGUACAGCUAAAAAUUCCAGUUCCACCUUAUCCUGCCGGGCAUCUCUGUGGGGGCUCCUUGAUAGCUGAGUGCUGGGUACUGACUGCUGCUCACUGCGUCAACUCUCUGUUACAAGUCAAUAAAUGGAAGGUCCUGCUUGGAAGAACGGAUCUGGCAAAGAACGAGAGUUCUGAGCAAAGCUUUGAUGUCGAUGGGAUAUUUGUCCAUGAAAACUAUCUUGAGGGGGUCUCCAGCUUCCAUAAUGACAUUGCUCUCCUGAAGCUGAAGAAAGUGAAUGGAAAAUGCGCUGAAGAAACCAGAUAUGUGAAGACGGCCUGCUUGCCCAAACAAGAAUUCAAAUCUGGAAAGCCGUGUAUGAUCGCUGGAUGGGGGGAAACAGAAAAAGGUGCCACGUCUCAGCUCCUAGAAGCCACCGUCCAGCUCAUCUCAGAAGCCAACUGCUCCCAGUCCAAAUCUUAUGGGAAAAAUAUAGAUAGGAGCAUGUUGUGUGCAGGAGUCGCACAAGGAGGAUUAGACUCAUGCCAGGGAGACUCUGGGGGCCCUCUGAUCUGCGAGCGGAGUCAUGUUCAUUACAUUGCCGGGGUCGUCAGUUGGGGUGAGGGCUGUGGUGUGAAAGACAAGCCCGGUGUAUACGCUCACACCUUCCGUUUUGUCCAGUGGAUCCAGAAUAUCAUGAAGACCAAAUAAUCCAUGGGGAUGUAUCAUUUCUAGGCAAUAAGUCCAAUAAUUCCAUUAACUGCCGAAAUACAGGCGUGAGGGCGGGCCAGCCUUUCAUUGGACAAUAUUAUUAGAGUGCAUUAACCAGUAACAAGAGCAACACUCUACUGUAAAACUCAAAAUAAUUGGGUGUCUACAUCUAUUGGGGCAUCAAAUAUCCAAAGGGGCAAUUGAUAAGACGCUGAAAUGAAAAUUGGGUUUUCAAAAAUUACUGAAAAUUAUUAAUUUCUAUUGCCAAUAUUUGGGAAAAUCCCAUUGUUUAUAAACAAUUACAUAUAUUUUGGGAUUUAAAAAAAAUUGCGAUUAAUUUCAACCUCCCCAUAGCUGGAAAAUUUCUGCAGUUUUCUUACAAAAAUUUAGUAAAAAUUCAACAAAAGUUUAGUAGUAGUUUAAACAAGAUCAAGUCAUUGUGAAGCUUCAGAUAAUUUCCACUCCGGUCAGAGAGAUGGGAGAGUCCGUGGCUCUGGAGGUUUGGUUAAAGCACCAAAAAUGCCACAAACUUGUAAAAUAGUCAUAAAAUAUUGAUUCCUUUAAUUUUGUCCAGAAAAAAAGUUCUUCAUCCUCCCAUGGGAAAUAAUGGGAUUUCUGGUUGAGCUCGUGAGCAAAUUCCAGAGACAUUUUGGUCAAAGAGGAAGUGGAAAUAAAAAGUUGGAAGUGAAAGAAAAAGAUCAAAGUUGUGGUUGGACCAGUUAAAACAUUCCAAUGGGAGAAACUACCCCUACAGCCCCUCUAGAACAUGGGGGGUCAUAGAAACAACAUUAUUAUGGAAUAUGUUUAUCCCAAUGUCCAUAAAUUAAACAUAUUAUUAUUAUUAUUA